AUGCAAGACGACGCCGGUGGUUUUGUUGAUCUUUAUAUUCCUAGAAGUUGCGACGUUAGCAACCAAACUAUUGGUGCUAAAGAUCAUGCUUCCAUCUCUUUGAGACUUGCCGAAGUCGAUAAGAAGACCGGUCGCAUGAACGGAAAGUUCAGGACUUUCAACAUUUCAGGCGCUAUUCGCAACAUGGGUGAAUGCGACGAUUCGCUAAACAGACUUGCUGUUAAGGCCAAUAUGCUCCCAAAGGACUUCUGCUCGAACUCCUGA